AUGGAUGCCACCGCAGAUGACGACGACCCUCGCUCGACCGAGCUCGAGAGCCUCGAAGCCAUCUUUCCCGAGAUACAGCACCCCCCCUUCGACGGUCACCAUGCCCCAUCCCCCUUCACCUUUGAACUCGAGCUCCCCGUGAGGCCGGCGGAACCGGUCACCGUCUUGUUCCCCGCCGCUUCCUCGGCCGUCCAGGACGACCAGCAAUCGGCCGAUGGCGCGGUCAACGGCGUGGCGUCCGAGCUCGUCGACUCUCUCCUCGUGUCCCACCUGCCUCCCGUCUCCCUUCGCAUCUCUCUGCCGGACGGAUACCCCUCCCUUUGCCCGCCCGAGGUCACCAUCUCGACCGCACCCCAGUGGCUCUCGCCCCAAACCCUCGCCGCUCUCGAGCAUGACAGCCUGCGACUCUGGGAGGAGGCAGGCCGCGACCUCGUCGCCUUCACCUACAUCGACCACGUCCAGCGGGAGGCCGAAAAUGUCUUUGGCACCAUCGCCUCCGACGGCACCCUCGAGGUCCAUCCCGACCACAAGCUCGCCGUCUUGGACUACGACAUCAAGGCCGGGAAAGCUGCCUUUGAGCAGGGCACCUUUGAAUGCGGCAUCUGCCUGGACCCCAAGAAGGGAUCCCGUUGCCACAGGAUGCUCGAUUGCGGCCACAUCUUCUGCUUCCAGUGCCUUCAGGACUUUUACAACGACGCCAUCAAGGACGGCAACCUCUCCACCGUGCGCUGCGUCACUCCCGACUGCGCAAAGGACCGCGCCGCCGCCGCCACGGGCGGCCGUAAACCCAAGACCUUUGUCAGCCCAAGCGAGCUGCUCCAGAUUGGCUUGACGGAGGAGAUGGUGAAGCGCUACGUCACUCUCAAGUACAAGACGGAGCUCGAAUCUGACAAGAACACCAUAUACUGCCCACGCCAGUGGUGCAACGGCGCUGCCCGCUCCAAGAGGCACAAGAAACCUGAGGGGCUCGAGUUCGCCGACGCCUCCGAUGCCUCCGACCAAGACUCGGAUCGGGGAGACGACAUCAGCCACGAACGCAGGCGGGAUGGGAAGAGAAAAGGGAAGAGAAAGGAGGCGGAAAAGUUUGACCGGGCCGACCUCCUCUCCGUCUGCGAGGACUGUGGUUUCGCCUUCUGCAACCGAUGUCUCCAGACCUGGCACGGCGAGUUCGUCCGCUGUGCGCCGAAGCGCAACGAGGGCGAGCUGACGGAGGAGGAAAAGGCGUCGAUCGAGUACCUCAAGCUUCACACGAGCCCCUGCCCGACCUGCAACGCGCCCGCCCAGAAGACGCACGGGUGCAACCACAUGAUCUGCUCCCGCUGCGACACCCACUUCUGCUACCUCUGCUCCUCCUGGCUCGACCCGGCGAACCCGUACCGGCACUACAACGAGCAGGCCGGCGGCAAGCUCACAUCGUGCUACAUGCGCCUGUGGGAGCUCGAGGGCGGCGACGGGGACGACGUUGGCAUCGGAUUCGUCGGCGGCCGAGGUCCGCCUGCGGACCUGCAGCAGGGUCUCGACGCCCAAGCUGGCGACUUGAUUGCCGUCGCCGCCGAGUCGGACGAGUCGGAUGCGAGUGACGAGAGCGACACCGAGACCGAGGACAGAGUACCCGAGCCGCGACAAGACGGCCAGGACCGGCGAGAGCAGCCCGUCGCUGUUGCGCGAGAAGCGCCUCUUGUCCUGCGACUAAUGGACAACCAACCCCGGGGAGGCGCUCGCGGUGGACGCGACGAGCCAGCCUUGCCCGUCGUCAGGGGUCGUGGAGGAGGUGCUCGCGGCGCACGAGUCGCUCGCGGCGCGAGGCGAGGCCGCGGUCGAGGCGGUCGUGGUGCCGCCGCCGCUCCGUUGCAGCAACAGCAAGGGGUCGCCCGUGCGGACGAGCUAGAUUUGGACCAAGAGGCAUGGGUCCGCCGCUUUGUGCAGAUGGCGCUCAUCGAUGCCGAAGACGAGUUUGAUGACGGGGUCUAG